AUGCCUGACCGGAGGAGGGGUGGUGUGGCUGAUUGGCUGAUGUGUCGGUGUGUGACCUGUCUGUCGGUGUGGGAUGUAGUGAAAGGUGAUAAUCCAGAGCUGAAGUUAUGGGAAAUCGGGAAAAUCAUAGGACAGAUGUGGAGAGACUUAGCCGACGACCAGAAACAAGAGUAUAUCGAAGCCUUUGAAGCCGAAAAGAUGUGGAGAGACUUAGCCGACGACCAGAAACAAGAGUAUAUCGAAGCCUUUGAAGCCGAAAAGGUUGAAUACAAUGACUGUCUUAAGUCCUACCAUAACUCUCCUGCAUAUCAGUCGUGGAUCUCAGCCAAAGCCAAAGCUCAACGAGUUCUGGAUGACCACAACAGACAAACGCCUGCCCACGACAGACACACAACCAAUUUGUUGGUGAGAUUUGUUCUUAAAUCAGUUCUUCAGUUCUCAACACUAGAGACAAUCGCUCGACUUUUGCUCUGUUCUCAGCUCUCAGUUGUCGACCCAUCAGUCGAUCUACUCAUCACUCAGACUAACGGUUCGCUUAUCUCUUCCGAUAGGGCUUUCCUUCGCCUCAAAAGCAAUCGGAAGGAAAGGUAUGCCUUCAACGAUGACGACGACUGCGACGAGUUCUCUGUCAAACACUUGGCCACAGCUCGCUAUCAACGCAACCAUCGACUCAUUAACGAGAUCUUCAGUGAUUCCAUUGUUCCGGACGUGAGGUCUGUGGUGACGAACGCCAGAAUGCAAGUCCUUAAACGUCAGGUCCAGUCACUGACUAUGCAUCAGAAGAAGUUGGAGGCAGAGCUGCAACAGAUUGAGGAGAAGUUUGUCCACAAAAAGAGGAAAUUCGUUGAAGCGAGCGAUCAGUUCAAGGAGGAGGUGAGGAAGAAGUGCGCCACCAAAGCAGUGGACGCCAACACUUUCCGCAAAAUGGUCGACAAGGCUUUGGAUCAGUUGAAGAAAGAGCACGCAUUACGUGAGGAACAGAUCACUAGCAAUAAAACCGCUGAUAAAGUGGACAAAAUGGAAACAGAAUCUCAAGAGAAUAUUGCCGACGAAGUACCCCUCGAAGUACCCCUCGAAGCACCAGAAGCCACACUCCCUGAGACUGUGACUGAGAGCCAGCACAUGUCCACUCUCGAGGAAUCGCAGGAGCCCAAAGAGGAGACACAGAACACGGAUAUAGAAAUGGAAACGGAAGCGGAGACUGUGGACCACAAUAAAGAACUCAUUACUGCUACCACUGAUAGCAAUUCAGGCUUUGCUUCGAAUGAUAGCCAACAAACGGACACCAAUGAGACAAAUAGCGAAGAAUUGGUUAAAGAGUCGUUGAAAGCAGAGUCGGAACCGAUUGAAGAAAGCAAUGAUUUGCCUCAAGAAGAGAGCACUGAGACUCCGGCGACUCAAUGAAUGCUUAUUAUAAGCUGUAAUUUAUUAUUUAAAGAAUUUAUUUGUUUGGUUUCUAUGAUUCACAUUCACUGUAAAUAUUGUAUUGACUUUCGUAUUGAUCCAAUGAUUGAAUAAAGUGUUUGAAUUUCUAUCAGAUA